UAUGUCCCUCGGUACGCGCCGUAGUUGAACAAACCCGGAAGCUUUACUAUCGCAGUAAACCGCGGACCACUCGGCAGUUAAAUCUGCUGAAGUGCACUCAUUCUGAGCGGUCCCGAUUGGAAGCGACACGCUUGUUGUUUAGUCCAGGUGGCCCACUGGCUCCGUCACGGAUUGCACACUGAGAGAAAACCCGGAAAUACACGUGCGGGGGACCCUGUGCACGCCGCCGGUGUCCGAGCCCGCAGUUCGAAUGACUUGAGGGCGGGACGGGCGGAUCGAAGUUUCCUCGGACAGACAAGCCUGUUGUUUUAUUUUAUUUAUCGGGGGCCCAGCGCGCUUCUGGAGAAGGCAUUAUGCGGCUCCGCUCCUCGGUGUUCGCCGCCUUAUGCCUGCUGAUGGAAGUUUUCGGGAUUGCACUUUUCCUGAGAGGAUUUUUCCCGAUUCCCGUCAAGUCGUCCUUUUCAGCGAAGAACAAAGUGGCCGACAUGCCGGCGGAGCCUUCAGCAGGGCCAACAUCCAACUGGACGCAGAUCCCGGCCCCCUUGUUCAGAAAGGUUGUCAUCAUGGUGAUUGAUGGGCUGAGAGAAGAUUUUGUGUUUGGAGAAAAAGGAAAACGCUUCAUGCCAUUCACCAGGCACCUGGUGGAACGAGGCUCCUCUCAUAGCUUCAUCGGCAGAGCAAGGCCUCCCACGGUGACCAUGCCACGCAUCAAGGCAUUGACGACUGGCAGCAUCCCCGGCUUCAUUGACGUGGUAAUGAAUCUGAAUUCUCCGGCUCUGCUGGAAGACAACCUGAUCUGGCAGGCCAAAGAGGCCGGGAAGAAGAUGGUGUUUUAUGGGGAUGAUACUUGGCUGCGGCUUUUCCCCAAGCACUUCAUGGAGCACGAUGGGACCACCUCGUUCUUUGUGUCCGAUUACACAGAGGUGGAUAAUAAUAUAACAAGGCAUCUGGACUCUACUCUGAAAAGAGACGAUUGGGACAUGUUAAUUCUUCAUUACCUUGGCUUAGACCACAUCGGUCACCUGAGCGGCCCUCAUAGCACUCUGAUUGGACCGAAGCUGACAGAAAUGGAUGACAUCUUGAAGAAGAUUUACACUUCAUUGUUAUCCAAGGAGGUGGAGGGCGCCCUCUCCAGCUUGCUGGUCCUUUGUGGAGAUCAUGGGAUGUCUGAAACUGGGAGCCAUGGUGGGUCGUCGGAUCCUGAGCUCAACACCCCCCUUGUCCUCGCGAGUCCAGCCUUCAGGAGGAAAGUUGCCUAUGACCUCCCCAAUGUGGUGGAGCAGGUGGACCUGACAUCGACCCUGGCUGUAGGCCUUGGUCUUCCCAUCUCCCAAAACAACGUGGGCCAUCUCAUUUUCCCGGUGGUGGAGGAGUGCUCAAUGAGGGAACAGCUGCGCUUCCUGCAUCUCAAUGGCUUCCAGCUGAGCAGACUGUUACGGGACGGCACUUCAGCAUACGAAAAGGAUGUCGGCUUUGAGCAAUUCAGAGUUGCCGAAAAGUCCCACGGAAACUGGGUGAAGCUUUACCUCGAGGGGAAUACGUCGGAGGUCCUUAACAACAUGGGCAAGAAAGUCAUCCGGCAGUACCUGGAUGCUCUGAAGUCCAUGAGCUCCUCCUUGAGCAAGCAGUUGGGAAAGUAUGACCUUUACUCCAUGAUGGUGGGCACCGUCAUCGUCUUUGAGGUCCUCUUCCUCCUGCUGCUCGGCAUGGCAGACGCUUUGAGGAGCAACGCUGAGCUCGACCUCCCCCUGUCCUCCUCGCUCUGCUCGCUGCCUUCAUACCUGCUGUGCCUGCUCUUCUCGGCCGUCCACGUCCUCGUGUGCACGUCGACCGAGAGCUCCUGCUAUUUCUGCAGCCUCUCCUGGGCCCUGGCGUUCGCUGUGAUCUUCUUCGUCACGGCUCUGCUCUGCGUGAUACUGUCCAUCAUGGCCAGGAAGUUCUCCUGGGAGAAGCCUCAGAGUAAGGCGCAGUCGUCAGCAGAUUCAGGAUUUUCUGAGCUGGACACCCUUCUUCUGGCAGGGACCCUGGGCCAUGUGCUGAGCCUUGGUGCCAGCAGCUUUAUCGAAGAGGAACACCAGACGUGGUACUUCUUGGUGAACACCCUGUGUGUGGCGGUGCUGCAGGACGUGUGCAGGAAGUACUUCAAGGAGACACCAGAGGGCGGCGUCUGCACCCCUUCGAAGGAAGACCUGGAAGGUUCUGACUACGGCAGCCGACUUUUAAAGGGGCAGGAGAAGUGGCUGGCACUGGCCACGCCCCUGGUGACUCUGGCGUGCUGCCGCCUGCUGCGCUCCUUGAACCAGACGGGCGUCCAGUGGGCUCACCUCCCCGACUUUGGGCACUGGCUCAACAGCUCUGAACACAACGUGGAGCUUUCCUUCCUGGCCUCCUCCUCCCUGGUCCUGAUCUUCCUGCUCAUUCACAAGAGAUGCUCGAUGGUCUCAAAAAUCGCCCUUGGCAUGGGGCUGCUGGGGGUCUACAGUUACCGAGCAGCAGUGGGCAAUGUGCAGUUUCCGUGGCAACAGCAUGGGAGAGAUCUGUCCAAGGGAGUGCUGGAGGCCCGCUUCGUCUACGUCUUUGUCCUCGGCAUUCUCUUCACGGGGGUGAAGGACCUCCUCAAGUCCCAGGUGGUGGCCCCCAGCAGAGAGGCGCGAAGCAGAGGACUGUGGGAGGUGUACAGCGGCCUGGUGCUCGUGGUGGCUUUGCUCUUCAGACCCCACAACCUGCCGGUGUUGGUGUUCACCCUCGUCAUUCAGAGCCUCAUGAGUCGCUUCAUCUGGAGGGGGCUCAAGUACGACGCGGCGCAGACCACCAUCAUGCACUAUUGGCUGGGCCAGGCCUUCUUUUACUUUCAGGGCAACUCCAAUAACAUUGCAACGGUGGACAUCUCGGCAGGCUUUGUGGGCCUGGAGACCUACGUUGAAGUUCCGGCCAUUUUUCUUACCGGGGUGCAUACGUAUGCCGGGCCCCUGCUUUGGGCCACUCACCUCAUUUGUCACCUGAGCUCUGAAAUGCAAAGCAGUCCCUCUGCGAUGGGCCACGGCUGCUACUGCUUUGCUGUCCUGCGCUCCAUCCCGGCCGCCCUCUAUGUCCUCCUGGUGACGGCCUUGCGCUAUCACCUGUUCAUCUGGAGCGUCUUCUCGCCCAAACUCCUCUACGAGGGCGUGCACACACUAGUGACGGCUUUUAUUUGUAUCUUCUUCACUGCAAUGGAUCAAAAGCGCUCAGCCAGAUAAGGGGGCACCGGAGCUCAAGGGAGGAGGAGAAGAAGAAGCACAACAGCAGCCGAGAGUCAAGCAUUUUAAACCCUUGGCAGCUCAUCCAACCCUCAAGACGCUUUGCUGGAGGUGACCCUCUGUGAUGGCCGGGUGUGGGAUGGCUGGUGGUCUACUUGUCUUGCACCCCCACCACUUUUCUUUUGGCCCCCAUACUGUCAACUGCUGCUUUAUUUUCUGAAUGGACAGUUUAAACCCAGCGUCACUGCAACCCUUAAACCUUCUCCUACUCCGCACUUGGUCAUCUUUUAAUUUACUCUUUUUUGGUAGGGAUCAUUGGGGUUCUUGUGUGUGGUGGUCUGUUUUGUCUCCUUCUUGAUUUUUGGUGUUUCUACUGCUGACUGAUCUCUUGAAUUCCAGGCCUGUGCUGCAGAGUUUGUCGCGAGUGGGCGACUGGUGAGGACCAGGAAUACGUGGAGCUCCCCUGAUGUGCGUCCUCAUACGGCAUGACAGCACUGUGACGGGGAUGCGAGAAAUACGGCUUUAAAGAAUGUCCAUUAGUCCACCAGAAUUAACACAAGUG